ACAGGGAGGAAGGUCCAGGCUUAGUAGCAGGGAGCUUCCUGGUUGGUAAAGUCAGGCAAUGACUUCUGGGUAACCUGAGUCCUUGCUGCCCAUUAGCUGGCCGCGGAUACACCCGCUGACUGUACACAGAGGGGCACUUGGUACAUGUAACUAAAUGCAUCAGGUGCAGCAGGAGGUGUGUGCUGGGCGAGCAGCAGCUGCAGAUGAGCUGAAGGCUGCUACUGGGACAAUGCAGUGCAGAAAGAAUGUGCCAAAUACAAGUCAUUUUAGAACCAUUGCUCCAAAAAUUGCACCUAAGAUAGUAAAUCCGUGUACGCCAUCUUCAUAUGGACAUUCUCUUCCUGAUAUAGCAUUAUCGGGUAUUAGCACUAAGCCUGUAGUAAUGCCAACGCAAAAUUAUACUUUAAUGAAAGUAGCAGGCCAGGAUGGAACAUAUUCUUUUGUCGCAUUACCACAGGUUACCCAGCCAACGGGUGCACAGGUAAUGCAGACCACAAAUAUUCCGCUGCAAGAAAAUCUCAAAUUGCCAAUUCCAAGGUACCAGUCUUCUCGAAAUAAGAUUCUGCUUGAUAAAAAGGCAAAGGGGACCUCCUUGAUUAGAACUGCAGAAAAUAAAACCACGCAAGUAGACCACUAUGGUCAUGCUGAAACCAUUCAAAAGUUGCCUGUAGAGGAGAAUAUUCAGGAUGUCAGCAGCAUCUUGACCCCUGGAACUUCACCAGUGAACCAAGCUGAUGCUAUUAAAGUACAUAAAUCAAUUUCAUAUAAUGAGAAAUGUUUGCCAAAAACAUUUGGCGCCAGUAGCCCUAUAAAAGUCUGUGCAGAAGAGAUUACUAGCUUGGUAGAGAAUGGGCCCUUGAUGAGAUAUGAUAGCAAAAAAGUAACCAACUCUGCUAACUCUCUGACUGUUCUCUCACAAGUGAUGUUUGGAAGUCCAGUUUGUGUUCUCCCUUCUGUACCAAAAGGAAAACUGCCUAUUUUGCCAUAUUCUAAAACAAAAAAGGCAAUUAUUUCCAAACGCAGCCAACUUGUAGAAAAUCCUGCUGCAGUGGCAGAUUCCAAUUUCAGUAUAAAGUCAACCAGUCAUGAAACUUUUUUAAGUGAGGUUCCAAAUCCCCAUUCUAAAUUGGUGGACUCUUCCUCUCCAGCCAAUCUAUGCCUCUCUGGUACAGAAUCUGAAGCUGACCCUUUAAAAAAACCAAAUGGUGCAGCAGGAAAGAAACGAGGAAGAAAGAGGAAAUCCUCCAUUGAAAUGAUGGGCUAUCAGAAGAUGAAACUCGUCGGAAGCAAAUUCGUUUAUUGUAAAGAGAAGCUAAAAAUGCAUUCUGUAGAACCAGAGGACAAAAAAGAUGUAGCGUUAAAGAAAUACCGAAGUAUAAUGCCAAAGCCUGUGAUAGUAGGACAGAACUUGGCUACACUUGGGUCUUCUACAGCUGGGUUCCAAUCUUUUAUAACCGACAGUGGUAUUAAAAAUAAAGUACAUCAGAUAAAGCAGAACAGAGGGAAGCCAGGAGACGGUAUACUUCUGAAACAAGUUGGUGAUCUUAACAGCCUGUCUUCAGCAAUAAAGGCAUACUAUAAAUGUCACAUCUGUGAACACAGUUUUCAGUUCAAGCAUCACUUGCAAGACCACCUGAACACUCACACCAACAGAAAGCCCUACCACUGCAGGCUGUGCCGCAAGGCCUAUGUGCACUCAGGGAGCCUAAGCACUCACAUGAAGCUUCAUCAUGGCGAGAGUCGUCUCAAGAAGUUGAUGUGUUGCGAAUUCUGUGGCAAGGUGUUUGGGCACAUAAGGGUUUAUUUUGGGCAUCUUAAAGAAGUGCAUAGGGUUAUUAUCAACACCGAGACGUCCACCAAGCAGCUGGAGACAAAAGAUAUGGAUUCAAAGGGGACCCAAGAAGCAUCCCUAAUAAAGAGGGAGAGCUGCUCUGCCAGCGAAGAACACUCCAUUAAUGGACAGACAGGAGAAAUCAAAUUACAGAUAAAAUGCGGCCGCUGUCAUGUCUUUAUGCCCACAUUCUCCAACAUGAAAAAGCAUUUGUUAUUUGAACAUGGGGAAAAAUUCGAAGAUCGGUUCCAGCAAGGGGUUUUAGAGAGUCACCAUGGUGCCCAGGAGGAAGUAGUUAAAAAUGCAACACACUACUGGAAAUUACUGAAUGAAAGGCGAAAUGUCAGGUGUAGUAGUUGCGGUGAAGGAUUCCUGGGACAUAGCAAACUAAGAAAACAUACAUGUUUUUCUCAUGUAAAUGAAACAGAGCUUCUGAAACAAGAACCAUCAAGUCCUAAAGGGAAUCAAGGAGACAGUAGAAAAGAAGAUAGUUGGUUUAGCGCAUCUGGAAUUGAGGUGCGUCUAUGGUCUGGCGAUCGAUUGAACUGCAUAUUGUGCAAGCAAGUUUUUGGCGACAAAGAGGAACUGCUAACCCAUUGGCAGCAAGCACAUAACUGUGAGGACCCCUUAAUGCUUUGGGCUGUCUUUACUUCAUUGCCUGAAUCAUUUUAAAGCGAUACCAUAGCUGAACGCAGUGUUUUGUAUCCCCGUGCAGCCUGUGUUUGUGGUAAAAAAAAAGUACUGAUGUCAAAUCUGCUGCACUGUUGUUCUCAUUCACAGUGAAAUGAUUGUCUAGUACAGAUUUUAUAUGUUACAUGGCUACCUAUGAUAUUUCUGUGAAAUGUUCCAGUUCUGUUUAGGGUUUUUAUACAAUGGCUAAUCUGUUACCGAGAUAAAGUUGUGUUAAAAGUCCUGUGUUGCAAACCAAAUUCCUCAUAUUGGUGACUAGAAAACACAAGCUCUGUUUUUUUGCCUUUUUUGUGCUUUUUAGAAUUCCCAGUGUUUGCCCUGUGCUCUUCAUAUGUUUGAUAAAAUAGCCCCAGGAUUGAGAUAAAA